GUGGCCCCACGUAUAGCACUCCAUCCCGCAGGUCAGGGCGUGUCCCUGUUCAUUCCCCAGUCGGCCAUCAACGCCACGGUGGAAGAGGACAUCCUGCUCUCGGUUGAAUACUCCUGCCAUGGCAUCCCCACCAUCGAAUGGAAGUACACAUCCAGCUGGGGAGUGCAGAAGAUAGUGGAGUGGAAACCAGGGACUCAGGCCAACAUCUCCCAAAGCCACAAGGACAGGGUCUGCACCUUCGACAACGGCUCCAUCCAGCUCUUCAGUGUGGGCGUGAGGGAUUCCGGCUACUAUGUCAUCACGGUGACCGAGAGCCUGGGGAGCAGUCAGUUUGGCACCAUCGUGCUGCAUGUGUCGGAGAUCCUCUAUGAAGACCUCCACUUUGUCGCUGUCUUCCUUGCUUUUCUCGCUGCCGUGGCCGCAGUGUUAAUCAGCCUCAUGUGGGUUUGUAAUAAGUGUGCGUAUAAAUUCCAGAGGAAGAGAAGACACAAACUCAAAGAGAGCACCACUGAGGAGAUUGAGCUGCAAGAUGUGGAGUGUUAGCCGAGGCCGAGCGCCGUCACAUUCCUACCUCAAGAGGAAAACGUUCUUUUCCAACGAAAGGAGCAAACACGGCCAGGCCACCCCAGGGCCUCCUGUUCCGCCACAGCCGCCCAUUCCUGAUGGGACCGCUGGACAUUUACAGAGUUGACUGCGUGGGGCUGAGGACUCUGGAUUGGAUGCAGUCAUCUCUGGCACCUGCACGGAGUUCAGGGAGGAGAGCACUGGAGGCUGUGAGCUGAACUUGGCUGCGGCCUCGGGGCCAUGUUGACUUGUAACCAGGGGCCCAGGGAGGGCCCUGGCUGUGGCCUCACUCCACUCUGCUUUGGCUAGGGCAUGGCCGUUGGAGGGGUUCUUGGAUCCAGAGUCAGAGUAUUUCCAGAUCAAGUGCACAGCCGGCUUCGGAACAAGCUCUCUGUGCCCCGAUCUCCUCCGCUGUGCCCUCCUCCUGGGAGCUGCGUGAGAGCCUGAGAGGCAGAGGCAGAGGCAGAAGGGAAGAGACUACUGUUCUGUAACAAGCUGCUCAGAGCAGGAGAGGUCCCCGCCAUGUCCUGGAGCUUUAGGGAGGGACCAGCACUGGAAACAAGGAAUAGGCAGAAAAUUAUCUUUCUCUCCCUCUCUUGCUCCAACAUUAAUUGCAUUUUCCCUUCUAUGGCCCUGACUGAGGCCGGUGUGAGGAAAACAGUCCAUCUCAACCAUGGGCCACGUCUGGCCUCCAGCUGGCCCCCUGACAGGCUGGGUCGCGCUACCUGUGUGGAGGCUGGGCCUGCAGACUGGGUCGUGCAACGGGAAAGCCAGUCAGCGCAGGCUUUGAAUCUGUCCCCCUCAGUCACUCACACCUCCUGCCUCCAGUCAGGCCAUAGCUCGCCCCCAGCUGGGUAAGGAGCACUACCUCUCAGUCAGGGUAUCAAGUGAAGCCCGCAGUAGCGUAAGUCGAUUGAAGGAAAGCAUGAGGAAUCUUCAGGGGCCUAGGAAGCAAUAAGCACUAUACUGUCUGAGUCCUGGAAAAUGGUGAAAUGCCCGGGGGGUACUGGGGCUCCAGGUGAACCUGGGGACUGGAUCCCAGCCGGCCGUGGUCCAUAGUCUCUCAAGCUAUCGGCUGCCGUGUUUACAUGAGUUCAUCCCAAGCUCUAAGGCAGGCGUUAUUUUCCAUUCUCUCCUCUCUCUCCAACAUUCUUAGCUGCAAGCCAAAGGUACCGCCCCGAUUGCUGGUGGAGGCUGAACUUAGAAGCUGUGUCCCCAGCCCUCAGCUGCAGAUUCACCCAUGCAAGCAUGAAGGAGAGCUAGAACAUUGUCUUCUCGCUCCCUUCAAGUCUCCAGUGUCCGUGUCUUUUCUGCUUCUCAUGUGGCAGGUAAGAAGUUGCCUGGAGAAGCUGGCACGAGGCCUUUCCUUAAAUAAUGAACCCAGGGUUACAGGAAGGGAUCUUUUGGAGAACUCGGAUGGGAGCUGUCCGGGACCUAGAGCAGAGCUCCAGCAGCACUACCAGACUUCAAAGGCAAGAGAUCAGUUAUCUGCACAGCUGAUUUGUAGCCCGAGCACGUGACCAGAAGAAGCGUUUCACCCCAGGCCACCUCUUGGACACACAUGUAUGAACACGCACACCUGUGCCCUCUCCAUGGCAGCAGUCAGAGGAACCAGGCAUGCGCCAGGAAGGAUGGGUGACCAGUGCCAUGAAGAAGCAGGGUGAGGAGCACCGGAGAGUAAAGGGGAUCAAGGAUAAUCUGAUGAUUUCUUCUUCCUCUUUCACACAGAAAGCGCAGCAGCAGGAAGCUGGUUUGAUGUGGGUAGCUGUUGCAGUCUGUCCUCUUGACACUGCCCGCUUUCCAGAACUAUCCCUCUCAGCUUCUCAGAAGUCAGGGGUGGUCAUUGUAAUAAAAAGAGAAAUAGAAAAAGAAUCCCUAGUGAGAAAGCCCCCCUCCCCACAAACCCACAUAUAAAUUAAAUUCCACCCCCCAGUCUUCCUGAAAGGUUAUUCCCUCAGCUUUCCAUUCCUUUAUUUUGCACUUUUAAAGCUCCCCCUGGUUUGAAUAUGCCUGGGGAGAGUUCUUGAUUUUUGAGCCUGAGGUUUUUGCCUAUUUUUCAAAAAAGCAAAUAUUAAAUCAUAGAGGUUUAGCCACUGUAAUGUUCAACUCUUAAGUUAUGUUUCAAACUGUGAAAAGAAAAAUUGUUUUAAAGGCUGAAAUAAAACCUGAAA